AUGGGGUUUCUUUCAAACAGAGUUGAAAGAAGUGAUAUCAAAGCAGACGAUCAUAUCUAUACUUACAGAGUUGUGUUUGCUUACUCUCAUCAUGGGAUAUAUGUUGAAGGUAAUAAAGUGGUUCAUUUCACCCAUUUUAGAUCUGAUGGUGAGACUAGUUGGAACAUCAACACUCCUUCCUAAUCGUAUGAUGAAAUGACUAAAUACCUAUUUUCGAAAUAUCCGGACUGUGGUUUCCGACAACCUAAAACUGGAGUUGUUCAGUCCUGUUUGGACUGUUUUUUAAGGGAUGGUGCUCUCUACGGCUUUGAGUACGGUGUAAACCCGACUAUUUUUUUCGCGAAAGUACGAGGUGGCACUUGCACAACCGCCACAUCAGAUGACCCCGACAUUGUCAUCCACCAAGCGAUGUAUCCGCUUCAAACCGGAUUUGGGAACUAUGAUGUAUUUCAGAAUAACUGUGAGGAUUUUGCUUUAUACUGCAAGACCGGGAUACUGACAGUCGCUAAGUUGGGUAGUGGUGUGGUGUUAGGUAGUGAUGGUGUGGUGUGGUGGGUAAGUGGAGAAGAAGGAAGAAGGGGAUAUGGGUUUGGGAGAGAGGUUGGUUUUCUUGGGAAAAGAAUUAUUGAAGAUGAGUUUGGUGAUCGUGGUCUGCUAACUAAAUUUUCAAUGGAUUCAGAUAAAGCAGAUGAUGAGAGAAGGUUUUUCGGAGUAUGGAUCUUUAGAGACAGAGCAGCAAUUGUAGGAUAG